AUGGUCAGCAAGCUAGCAGUUGGGCUUUACCUAUCCAGAGGGCAAGAGUUUGCAUCUCGUCCGGAGUUCUUGUUUUUACAAAGUAAUACUCGAAAAAGGCCUGUAUUUUUUGGACCUGAAGACCCCGAUCCAGAACGACCGUCGGCUGAGCACCGGCUCGAUGCACAGUAUCAGGAUUUUUAUUUUGCCAAGGUGCUGCUCGGCGCUGCAGAGAUACCAGAGCCAUCACUGAAGUCUGAAAGGGACCAAACGCCAACUGGCGCGGGGAUGUCGCCCGUGGGCCAAUCUGAUACGGCGGGCACCCUGACCAAUGCAGGCAUACAUGUGUUGGUGCGAGGCUGCACGCAUCAGGUGUCUGGCACCUCAAACACGCCGACCCUUGAUUUAUGUAUAAAGUAAAGCGGGUCAAAUCAAGCUAUGCUGGUUAAUGAGUUGAUCUUGCGACUUGGUGCUUCGGAGCUGUCGGGAGUCGUAGAGAAAAUGAGAAACUCUCCAAGGCUAGAUUAGAUGCUCAGAAUGCGAACUCCUGGAGACCAGGAGAGAACUGUCGACGCAGGCUUCAGGGGGAGGUGCCCGCAUGUACUCUGUACACAACAGGGAGGGUCGCAGGUGGCGCGCCCGCUAGCCUCUGACUGGUCAUACGAUAGUGGGAGUUGUUCCAAUGAGAGAGCUGGUUCAGCUAGCCAACCAGUGGACUAGGGAGCUUUCUAACCCGUCCGUCACUAACAUCUCGAGCCGGGUUCGGCUGGGAGUUGGUUCAAAACCCAAAAAGCUAAACAUGAUCCAGGCUAUACGGAGCACAAAGUUCGCGAUUUAGCGCUUGAUAAUGCCGAUGGCUUGGUAUCAGAUGCUCAUCACAAAAAGGCCGAGAUGGCAGACAAGCUGACACGCCUAUUAUUAUUCUUAUUAUUACCGCACUUUGCAUGUUGUUAGAAUCCAGUCGUCUUUUGCUGUAUUGCUGUUUUAAACAACAAGAGAUUUAACAUACAAAGAGUGCUCCGUAUACGGAGUGAUCUAUUCUGUGCCGUUGCGCGCAACUCCACCCAGGCCCAGGGCCAAUUCCAAGAUCUCGAUCAGACCUUGCCAGCCGCAAAAAUGGGUCGGCCCGUUCCCUUGUUUCCAGAGGGCUGCCUGCGUGGUGCGAUUUGCCGGUUAACGAGCCGACGACCUUUUGGGGUGAAAUUCGUUGUGGUGGUUGUGGUGGUUUGUUGUCGUUGUUGUUGUUGUUCGGUUCUGGAGACAAGUCGACAUCCGGUUUCGUUCCAUGAGUUAUUAUUUAUUACCUCAACAAUCGCAUUCUAACUUCAUAUUCUACACAUUCUACACCUGUUAUUCCACCCGCCAAUUCAACAUAGUCGACUAUCCCUGGUUUCUACAGCUCACAAGGCGUAUUUCCAUCACUCACCGGGCUGGCUUCUUACUCUUCUGGCACGAUCUCCACUUGCUAGUCAAUUUAAUGUUGGCGUGGGCAGAACGUCAGAUAUCAGGAUAUCUCAUGUCUCUUUGGACUACGGAAUAAACAUGCCCUACUUAUCACUAACAUCACUUUAUUCUCUUCAAGUGGACCCCUGGCCUUCAGGGGGGCCCUUGACGAUGCUCUCCGUAUCGCUAAGUUAUUCGACAAAGUACGGAUAACGGAGUAUAUGCGUCAUCGACUGUCCUUAUUCGGCUCUUCGGAAUCAGACUAUCAACAGGAAAUCCACAAAGCAUUCAUUCAUCACUACUCCGUACUAACUAUCCACACUCAUAAUCCCACCUCCGCCACAAAAAAAGCAAAAAUACACGCUUCACAGGGACCUGUUUCCCGCGCAAACCCGCGUGACUGAUCUCCAAGGCUAGUGGCCGGGCUAGUUGAGUCUCUAUCCCUGGAUUUCUGGAUGAGGCGGCGGGGGGAGCGUUCAGCUCAGCACUGAAUUAGCGGAAAAGUAUCUCAAGAACCAAAAAGAAAAAAAAAAGAAAAAGCAAUUAUCCAUCCCCAGGGGGCUAGAAAACGGACGAAGAACGACAAAGGACAAAGCAGAGCACCAGCCUACUGUUUUGAAAACGCGCUUGCGACAAGAAUUAUCACGGAGAUAAAGUUAAACCAGAUCGAAUCAUGAAUGCCGCCUGCAUGCAUGUGCCCAUUUAGGGAGCAUAGUUGACCAACUGGCUGGGCCGCCGCGUUUUACUUUGUUUUUUCUCGCUUUUUGCUUUUUUUCAUCCCCUCCCUUCUCGUUGCUUUUUCGUUCCGUCUCUACAUGCAUAUCCAUGGAUCUGCUUUUUUUUUU